UUCACUGUCAGAUUAGCUCUCCCCAAAAUCCUCUCUCCAUGGCGGUUUCUCUGCGCUUCCAGCUCCCACCGCUCCUCCUCCUCCUCCUCCUCCUCCUCCUAAUCUCACUCUUCAUCUCCGCCGCCUCCGACUUCGACGGCAUCCCCUCCCCCUCCAUCUCCCCCUCCCUCUCCCCUUCCUCCGCCGUAUUCCACACUCCGACUCACACCUAUCCCCCCGCUCUCUUCGCCACAAUCCUCUCCACACUCGGUUUCCAGGAGCUCUCCUCCGCCUCCGUCACCGCAAACCUCUCCGCCACCACACCUCUCACCAUCUUCGCCCCCUCCGACGCCUCUCUCCUCUCCUGCCCCUCCUGCUCCCUCCCUCUCCUCCUCCAGGAGCUUUCAAUCCCCGGCCUCUAUCCCCUCCACUUCCUCCUAACCCUAACUUUUGGUACCAAAAUCGAGACGAUCGCUCCGAAUCGGUGCCUCACCGUCACCAGCAACGGCAAGGACAAGGUCUUCGUCAACGGCGUCGAGAUCACCGGCCCUGACGUCUUCAACAACGGCCUCGUCGUCAUCCACGGCCUCCAAGGCUUCGUCUCGCACCUCUCGCCUCUCUCCUGCAACGUCGAGCGGAUGAUGUCGCUGUCGUUCCCUUCGCCGUCGCUCACCUCCGCCGCGCCGCCGUCGCUCUUCAUCAUGCGCCUGAUGCUCAAGGACGCAAUAAUCCGCCUCCGCGCCACCGGAUACAGCGUCGUCUCCCUCGCGAUGCGCGUCAAGUACGCCGAGCUCGCGGAGCUGAAGGCGAUGACGAUUUUCGCGAUCGAUGAUACCGCGAUCUUCUCCGGCGGAGGCAACGCCUACUUCUCGAACUUCCGGUUCCACGUGGUUCCGAACAGGCGGUUGACGGCGGCGGAUUUGGUGACCUUACCGACGGCGACGUCGCUGCCAACACUCGACGCGGCAAACAAUCUGGUGGUGACAGCCGGUGGAGGCGGCGGACCUUCUGCACCGAUGAAGAUCAAUUACGUGAGGAUUACCACCAUAGAUCUCCUGCACAACACCAAAAUUGUGAUCCAUGGAUUGUCAUCGCCGUUUCCGCACAUGAUGCCUCAUCAGGCGUUCAAUGUAGAAGCUGGAAUGCAGUCGGCGGUGGAGCUUCAAGAUAACCGUGGACUCUGAUUCAUCAGAUCUUACUGAUUUUACUUUGUAAGUGAUUCAUCUGAUCUACUGGUUUUACUUUGCAAUUGAUUCAUCUGAUCUGCUGAUUUUACUCUAGAAUUACAAAUUUCACUUCAAACACUUGUACACACUUCCUCUGAAUAUCAAUUCUCUUGAGCUCUA